GACCCCGAUACUGGAACAGCAGACCUCUAUCCGUGAUGACUGUGAGCUGCUAGUCAGGGCCUCGCCAUGGACCCGUACAAAGCGACUUUCCUCCUGCAGCUCUUCAUCCUCACUGCCCGAGGCCGUGCACUGGACGGCUAUGCCAAGACGGAGGGCGCGUGGAUCCUGUCGCUGCAGAAGAGGGAGUACAUGCUGAGCGACGCGGCUCAGUGCGCCCUCAAAUGCAACGCCGAGACAGCCUUCACCUGCAAGUCCUUCAUGUACAUAGAGAAGGACCAGGAGUGCUGGACGUCGCCGCACAACUCGAAAACAGAGUCCGUUCUACGCAGGGCGAGUAUCACCCUGUAUGAAAACAAAGGAUUCUUGCAAGAAUGUGUGAAUGGGCUAGGGUUAGACUACAGAGGAACAAAGUCCAAAACGAAAUCCGGAAAGACAUGCCAGAGGUGGGAGGCAAAAUUCCCACACAGGCCCAACAUCACUCCCCAGACCCACCCCAGGGACGACCUGGAUUCUAACUUCUGCAGAAACCCAGAUGCAGACAGCAACGGGCCCUGGUGUUAUACCACGGACCCUGACACGCGCUGGGAGUCCUGCAGUAUACCAGACUGCAGCGAGGAGUGUAUCUACUGCAGUGGGGAGGAUUACAGAGGCAAAGUCUCCAUCACAGAGGAUGGCUACACCUGCCAGCGCUGGGACUCCCAGAAACCACACCACCACGGCUACAUCCCCAGCGUUCUUCCAGAUAAGUUUCUGGAGGAGAACUACUGUAGGAACCCUGAUGGAGAACCCAGACCCUGGUGUUUAACGACCAGCAGCUCCAAACGGUGGUCCUUCUGCUCGAUACCCCGCUGCUCAUCGGAGCCACCCACCAUUGUGCCGGAGCUGACCUGUGCCACAGGUGACGGCACCGCCUACAGGGGAACAGUUUCUGCGACAGUCUCUGGUAAAACAUGCCAGCGCUGGUCGUCCCAGGUUCCACACAAACACAGCCGUACUCCUGAAAACUACCCCUGCAAAGACCUAGAUAACAACCAUUGCCGUAACCCAGACAAUGAGAAGAUGCCGUGGUGUUACACAACUGACCCUGACACACGUUGGGAGUACUGCGAGGUGCCAAGCUGUGGGGAUUCACCCAGACCAGAUGAGCCAGUUAUCCCCACUGAGGAGGAAGACUGUUAUGAGGGGAAUGGAUCAAGCUAUCGUGGCGUGACCUCAGAGACCAUCAGUGGGAAGAAAUGCCAAUCCUGGAGCUCCACGACACCUCACAAACACAUAAAGACCCCACAGAACUACCCAUCUUCUGACCUGAGGAGGAACCUGUGUAGGAACCCAGACGGGGACAGAGCUCCCUGGUGUUACACCACCGAUCCCAGUGUCCGCUGGGAGUUUUGCAAUGUGGAGAAGUGUGCCACCAAACCCAGCGUACCUCCCAAUCCACAGGGCACCCAAGCCCCAUCAGGGAAAGACUGUAAGAUGGGUAGUGGAUCUCUGUACCGUGGUCCUACCUCCAUCACCUCGCGGGGGGUCACCUGCCAGGCCUGGAGUGCUCAGAGUCCCCACGAACACCCAAGCUUCACCCCUGAGACCCACCCGAACAGUGGCUUAGAAGGCAAUAGCUGCAGAAACCCCGACGGUGACGUGAACGGACCUUGGUGUUACACCACGGACCGGGACAAGAAAUGGGACUACUGUCAGAUCCCAGACUGCGUGGGACUGAAAUGUGGCGUACCAGCCCACAAACCAAGACGCUGUUUCGGCCGUAUUGUAGGAGGCUGUGUGUCAAAACCCUUCUCCUGGCCGUGGCAAAUCAGCCUCAGGACCAACUCCGGAAUCCAUUUCUGCGGGGGAACCCUGAUUGCGCCACAGUGGGUCCUCACGGCUAAACACUGCCUGGAGAGGUCAAGGAGGCCGGCAGCCUACAAGGUGUUGCUGGGGAUCUACACAGAGAACGCCAAUGAGGCAUCCAAACAGGAGAGGGCGCUGGCCAGUCUGAUUCUGGAGCCAAAUGGAGCCGACAUGGCACUCCUCAAGCUGGAGACCCCUGCACUGAUUAAUGACAAGGUUCUGCCAGUAUGUCUGCCAGAGGAGAACUAUGUGGUUCCCAGUGGAACAGAGUGCCAUGUUACCGGCUGGGGAGACACUCAAGGCACGGGCGGAGACGGCGUGCUGAAGGAAACCGGCUUCCCCGUGAUCGAGAACAAGAUCUGUAACCGUCCUUCCUACCUGAAUGGGCGAGUUAAAGACCACGAGAUGUGCGCAGGGAACAUCGAAGGAGGAACGGACAGCUGCCAGGGGGACAGCGGCGGCCCCCUGGUUUGCAAAACCCAGAACAGGUUCGCCCUGCAGGGGGUGACGUCCUGGGGUCUGGGCUGCGCCAACGCCAUGAAGCCCGGCGUCUACACUCGCGUCUCCCAAUUCGUCAGAUGGAUUGAAACGACCAUGAAAACCCAAUGAGGACGCGGCGCCGGCAGUUCCCCGUGUUACCGUGGAAACGCCCGACAGGUGUUGCGACAGGCGGUGAUUUGUAAUGACUUUUAAAUGUGUCAUAAAACCCACGUGUACAGUUA